AUGAGUCCAUUCAUGACACAAAGGACCAAAAGCAAAUUUGUAUUUGCAGGCCCAUCAAGAUCUGCUGAGACACUUUUCAAAUAUAUAGCUCCCGAGCAAGUCCCUAUUCAGUAUGGUGGCUUGAGUGUGGAUUACUGUGACUGCAACCCCGAAUUCACUAUUGCUGAUCCUGCUACCGAGAUGACUGUAAAACCAGCAACCAAGCAAACUGUGGAAAUUAUAAUUUAUGAGAAAUGUAUCCUUGUUUGGGAGUUGCGAGUUGUGGGAUGGGAGGUGACUUAUAGCGCGGAAUUCGUGCCCGAUGCUAAAGAUGCAUACACAAUUAUAAUAACAAAACCCACAAAAAUGUCCCCAACCGAUGAGCCGGUGGUGUGUAACAGCUUCAAAGUUGGUGAACUGGGAAAAAUAUUGCUCACAAUCAACAACCCCACCUCAAAGAAGAAGAAACUUCUUUACAGGUUCAAGAUCAACCCCUUCUCAGAUUGA